UUUCAUGGUACUAUAAAUACCAAAGUGACGCGCACCCGCGCGCAGUAUUCGUCUUCUCUUUUAACGGCAUUGUUGUAUAGUUUGCAGAAGCCGCAUUACCUGCUUCAGCCAACAAUCAACUUUCCGUUUUACUUGAAAAGAAAACUACAUUAAUAUUCAAAAUGCGUGAAUGUAUCUCAAUCCACGUUGGCCAAGCUGGAGUCCAGAUUGGUAAUGCCUGCUGGGAACUUUACUGUUUGGAGCAUGGCAUCCAGCCGGACGGUCAAAUGCCCUCUGACAAAACUAUUGGUGGAGGUGAUGACAGUUUUAACACCUUUUUCAGUGAAACUGGUGCUGGAAAGCAUGUUCCAAGGGCUGUCUUCAUCGAUCUUGAACCAACCGUAGUCGAUGAAGUACGAACUGGAACAUAUCGUCAGCUGUUCCAUCCAGAACAACUCAUCACCGGAAAGGAGGAUGCAGCUAACAAUUAUGCUCGAGGUCACUACACUAUCGGAAAAGAAAUUGUUGACUUGGUUCUCGACCGUAUCCGCAAAUUGGCUGAUCAAUGCACUGGACUCCAGGGAUUCUUGAUCUUCCACUCGUUUGGUGGAGGUACUGGCUCUGGAUUCACGUCACUUUUAAUGGAAAGGCUCUCUGUUGAUUAUGGAAAGAAAUCUAAAUUGGAAUUCGCCAUCUAUCCUGCCCCUCAAGUUUCAACUGCUGUUGUUGAACCAUACAAUUCAAUUUUGACAACUCACACUACCUUGGAACACUCUGACUGUGCCUUCAUGGUAGACAAUGAAGCCAUCUACGAUAUCUGCAGAAGAAAUUUGGACAUUGAACGACCAACUUACACAAAUCUUAAUAGACUGAUUGGACAAAUUGUAUCAUCAAUUACGGCAUCACUUCGGUUUGAUGGCGCUCUUAAUGUUGAUCUUACCGAAUUCCAAACAAAUUUGGUACCUUAUCCAAGAAUUCAUUUCCCUCUGGUUACUUAUGCUCCAGUUAUUUCUGCCGAGAAGGCGUAUCAUGAACAACUUUCUGUUGGAGAAAUUACAAACGCCUGUUUCGAACCAGCUAACCAGAUGGUGAAAUGCGAUCCCAGACAUGGAAAAUACAUGGCCUGUUGCAUGUUGUACAGAGGAGACGUUGUUCCCAAGGACGUCAAUGCUGCAAUUGCAACCAUCAAAACUAAGCGUACAAUUCAAUUCGUUGACUGGUGCCCAACUGGUUUCAAGGUCGGUAUCAACUAUCAACCACCAACUGUUGUUCCUGGUGGUGAUUUGGCUAAGGUACAACGAGCAGUUUGCAUGUUGUCCAACACAACAGCUAUUGCCGAAGCAUGGGCACGACUUGACCAUAAAUUCGAUUUGAUGUACGCCAAACGUGCUUUCGUACAUUGGUAUGUUGGAGAGGGUAUGGAAGAAGGUGAAUUCUCUGAAGCCAGAGAGGAUCUUGCUGCUUUGGAGAAGGACUACGAGGAAGUUGGUAUGGAUUCCACCGAAGGUGAAGGAGAGGGUGCAGAAGAAUACUAGACUACCACAAAAUUUUCAUCAAUUUUUACGACAUUCCUCUCUGCAAAAAAAAAAGAAAA